CUGUAUCCCAUUGGCUGGAGUUCUAGCUAGAGGGCGGGGGAUUCAGUACGCACUCGCCGGGGCGGGACUGUUGUGUCCAACAAGAAAACUACAGAAAGAUGGCUGCAAUUAGAAAGAAACUGGUGAUAGUGGGUGAUGGAGCCUGUGGGAAGACCUGUCUCCUCAUAGUGUUCAGCAAAGAUCAGUUCCCCGAGGUCUACGUUCCAACUGUGUUUGAGAACUACGUCGCAGAUAUUGAGGUGGAUGGUAAACAGGUGGAGCUGGCUCUGUGGGACACUGCAGGUCAGGAGGACUACGACCGUCUGAGACCUCUCUCAUAUCCAGACACAGACGUCAUUCUCAUGUGCUUCUCCAUUGACAGCCCUGACAGCCUAGAGAAUAUUCCGGAGAAAUGGACUCCAGAGGUGAAGCACUUCUGUCCGAAUGUGCCCAUAAUCCUGGUGGGAAAUAAGAAAGACCUGCGAAAUGAUGAGCACACCCGCAGAGAGUUAGCCAAGAUGAAACAGGAACCCGUAAAGUCAGAGGAGGGCAGGGACAUGGCCAACCGAAUCAAUGCUUUUGGUUACCUCGAGUGCUCAGCCAAGACAAAGGAUGGCGUGAGGGAGGUUUUUGAGAUGGCCACCAGAGCGGCCCUGCAGGCCAAGAGAAGAGGCAAGAAGAGCGGCUGCCUUCUGUUAUAGAGUGUCCAUUACAGAACUCAUAGUGGGAAGGGAAGGGCCAAGCAUUCCUUCUGGGUUAGCUUUGUCAACACAGCAGGCAAACUUCAAUUCGGUGUAACUGGGGUGUGUCACAAAUAUGCCAAUGUCAGCCAAAGGGAAAAAUGAAAUAAAACUGAUAAAAGGGAGAAUUAUACAUUUAAGGUUACAUGCUAAAAAAUAACGCAAUAAACAUACAAAUUCAUCAAAACUGAAUAUAAAAGAGCACUGAAAAGGGAACAUAGAGUCAGAAUACUUCCUUGUUUUGUUUGGCAUACAGGUUUUCUAAAAUAAAGUAUCUAAUUAUGAUAUAAAGCAUGUAUAAAGAAAAUCACCGUUAUAGUCACACCUGAUCUUUAUGUGGACCUGAGUUUUUUUGUUGAGCUGUAUUGGUUAGUGUGCAUUUUGGCUUCAACAUAUGGAACUAGCAAGUAUAUGUUAAUUAAGCUGUUUGAAAUUAUUGAGGCUACGCAGUCAGAAAAGUAUGUUUUUAUUUUGUAGACUGCAGAGUAUAAAAUGGUUUUUGUUAUAGUCCUGUCUAAAAGUCCUGAUCCAGCUCGGAUUUCUGAAGAAAACAAAAGACCUUCCUCUGAAAAGGUUCAGGUCCUAGACUGAAACGAGGUGAAAUAGCGGCCAAAGUCUAGGUUUCCUUCAGAACACCUGGAGUACUCUUGAUCAAGACACGUUUGGCAGCUUAGAUUGGGGAAUUUAAAGAAAUCCUCUGUGUUAAGGCCGCUUUCACAGCUCGGUCACUUCAGCUUUUCUCUGUUUAGGGCAGAACCAAGGUUCCGUAUUGUAGCUAGAACUUACUGAGCCCCCCCUGGACGCCCUACAAGUAAGCAGCCAGUAUUUGGCAAAGACAAUUAUCCACCCCAAAGUAUGGUAAAGACUCCCAACUUUUCAACAAAAUGAAGGUCACAAAUACGUAUAUCAUUUCAUUAUUACUGAGAUAUUUGUGUAUAUUUCAAUAACAAUGGCAAAUAAUUAUAAAUAUACCCUAAAUAAAUAUAUGAAAACUAGUAAGUACAUAAUCUGAACUGUGUACAGCUUUUGAAUAAUCCACAGCUUGUUUUUCUGUAUUUAAACACAUCUGUGAAAAAGCAGGUAUUAUCUAACUUGUAUGUUAACCCAUUUAUUUUGCUUCAAAAUUAAAUUCAAUUGAAUAUUAAAGAGUUAAGAAGCUUUUUGAAGACGGGGCUUUUUUUUUACUUCCAGGGUGGAGUACCAGAUCUUUGUGUGUAGAACAGAUCUCUCCAUGUUUUCUGGCGUGCUCCUGUUCAGCUGUUGUCUCAGUCCUUUCAGUAAAAUGUGUUUCUACUGUCAGCUGUUAUGUUCUGCAACAACAGGGCUGUUUUCAGCUUAUUCACACAGUUUUUAGUCAUCAGAAUUGGAAACUUUUCAUUUGCAUCACCGGCAGAAAAAGUUACAUUUUCUCAAGAACAAAAUGACAAACCCAAAAACUAGCAAGCUUAAAAUACGUCAGUAUUUGUCAGGAUUGUUAUGUUGCAUCGAUGUAACUAUUGCUGUUUAGUGAUAUAUUAUGCUGAAUUGCUGAGACACAUGCUAUGUAGCUAUCCCAAUUUUUUAAAUCAACCUUUGGUUUGAACUUAAUGUUUUUCGUGUCUGCUAGCUAACUUAUCUUCUUUUGUGUUUUCUGUUACUUUAUGUGAUAUUCCACUGGCUUACCUUGUACUUUGCACAAAUAUUAAACAUUAGGUCAGUGUCAAGUACUCCCUAGAAACAUUUGAUGGUGAAUUCUGAAAUGCACGCAACUCCUGAAGGAUUUGUAAGACAAUUAUUCCUUUAUACACAAACCUUUCUUGAAACUUCUGCAGUUUUUAAUGUAUUUUAAAGGAAAUAAAGUCAACAGAGAAAUA